AUGGCCGAUACCUACGUGACCACGGUGACCUUCGGCAACGACGUGAUCACCACCACCGUCACAUCCUCCGGCCAGGCCGUGGAGCGCUGGAUCGCUGAGAUCCUCUCGGUGCACCGCCCCGGCGGCAUCGGCUACAACAUCACCGUCGGGCUCGACGUCGAGUGGCGCCCAAGCUACCGCGCGGACCAGAACCCGGUGGCCACACUGCAGCUCUGCGUCGAGCGCAGCUGCCUCAUCUUCCAGCUCCUCCACGCCGACUACCUCGCCGGCGCGCUGGCGGAGUUCCUCGGCGACCGCGGGAUCCACUUCUUCGGCGUCGGCGUGGAGGCGGACGCGGAGCGGCUCAGCGACGACCACGGCCUGCAGGUGGCCAACGCGGUGGACCUGCGCGGCCGCGCCGCGGAGCGGAUGAACCGCCCGGACCUCCGCCAGGCGGGGCUGCGCGCCCUCGUGCAAGCCGUCAUGGGCGUCGACCUCGUGAAGCCGCAGAGGGUCACCAUGAGCCGCUGGGACGCGUACUGCCUCAGCUACGAGCAGAUCAGGUACGCCUGCAUCGACGCCUUCGUCUCUUCCGAGAUCGCCCGCAGGCUGCUCGACGGCGAGCACUGA